AGCGUGCCAUUGGGGACUAUGACGUCACUCUCCAUCGCACGCAGGUUUUCUCCAGCUGGGUGAGACGCACGGGGUAAAUGUUUGGAAGGGGGGAAGGAAGAAAGAGAACAAGGCGAGGAAUACGAGAGACGACGGUCAGUUUCAUCCCGAUCCUUGUAGGACUGUAAAAGAAUGUUCACUGAGGAAACAGACGAGUCAAGGUGAGGGAGCCUGAAACCUUCCAAAAAACUCACUUCCACUUUCAUGGCCACCACGGAGAAACGGGCCCUAAUGGUGCUUCAGGAGGAGGGUGCUGCCGCACCAGCUGCACCCCCAACCAGUGCCACUCCCCCUGCCUUCUUUGUCAUCCUGAAGCCUGGCCAGGGUAGCGAGGGUGGGAAGGACCAGGGCAUCCUUGUGGCUAAUCAAGACGCGAACAUGGCGACAACCUCCACUCCGGGGCGACCUCCUACUGCGCCUUGUGUCCCCUCCGUCAAGUUGGCUGCGAAGUCCAGCACCCAGCCAGAGAACCUUCCCCCUGAAAGCACUUGCAAGAGCAUAAAGGUUACCCUGGACAACAACAACAUGUGGAAUGAGUUCUACCGGUGCAAGACGGAGAUGAUCCUAACCAAGCAGGGCCGCCGAAUGUUCCCCUACUGUCGGUUCCGCAUCUCUGGCAUGGAGCCUUUCCAGCGAUACAUCCUGGUCAUGGACAUCACCCCGGUGGACAACCACCGCUACAGAUGGACAGGUCAGCAGUGGGAAGUGAACGGCAGGGCGGAGCCCCAUGUUCUGGGCCGGGUCUUCAUCCACCCAGACUCGCCAUCCUCGGGCCACUACUGGAUGCAGAACCCUGUGUCGUUCUACAAGCUGAAGCUUACAAACAACACUCUGGACCAGGAGGGUCAUGUCAUCCUGCACUCCAAGCACCGCUACCUGCCACGGCUGCAUGUUGUGCCAGCAGACAAGGCCACUGAGGUCAUCCAGCUCAACGGGCCGGACGUCAUGACCUUCACGUUCCCCCAGACUGAGUUCAUCGCUGUCACAGCCUACCAAAACUUGCGCAUCACACAGCUAAAGAUCGACUACAACCCCUUUGCUAAAGGCUUCCGGGAGGAUGCCCCUGGCCACCAACCCUUCCGACCAAGGCUGGAACCCCCCAAUGCUAGUACGGAGCCCCCCAGGUUCAUGAGUGACAGUGAGGAUGUCGCACCUUUGAAGAAGAGCUUGAAGUCUCUGUUACUGAACAGUGAAGAUGUCUUUGUAAUGGAUCAGGAGCUCUUCAGCGCCACAGACUAUGCCAUUGGAUUCCUGGAUAAUGGCAUAUCAUCUGCAAAGUCCAUUGAGAAGGAUCACAGCACUAAAAAGCAGCCCCAACCUGCAGCUCCUGUGGAGGUGCUGCCGGAGACCAAGCAAAAAGCAUGGAGAGGUAUUCCUGAGGGAAGCCACCAAGCAGGUAGCUCUGAUCAAACACAUGUUGAUAGCAUUCUCAAAGAGGAGGAGGUGGAGUUAGCUGUGGACAGAGCUGUCUUCCAGGAGCCCUGGCCAGACACUCCAGUUGAGGAGGCCAAAGUGAGAAUGCCUGCAAAGCCAGGGGUUGCUAUCAAGACUCCCAGUGACCCCACUCCUGUGGCUUCAUCUCUGGAGCCCCAGCAGGCAAGCCCAGGGUCUUGGCCUGUCCUCUCUGAGGGUCCAGGGGAGAAUGGUCACGACUCUUCCAGGAGCAGACCCCUGGCUCCUCCUGUGGAGACGCCCUUCCAGAAACCUGUCCGGCUAGGGAAGAGGCCGGAGCCUGUGCCUUUACCUCUGCUCGCUCUGUUCCUCAAACAGAGGAGGCUGAAGCCCAGGCCCAUUGCACCCAAACCAAGCCCCAGUGCUCCUGAAUCACCAAUACCUGUCCCUGAGCCUCUGUCACCAGUUCCAGUGUCACUGUCACCGCCACCUGCUGUUGCGCCACUGUCACCUGCCCCUGCACUACAGCUGUCUGCCCCAGCCUUGUCAUCUCCCACCCCUAUGCUGCUGUCACCGUCCUGUGAUAGACCAGAGAACUCAGGAUGUCUGGAGGGGGCAGGCCAUCAGGUUCCUGUUCCCUGUGGCUCCACCACCUCCAGUACUGCUCCCCCUGCCGCCCUGUCCUCCUCUGCCAAGAGGAAGCGCAAACCUAAGCCCAGAUUCAGGAAGCAUAGCAGACGUGCGGGGAGGCCGGAGACAGAGAAGGACAUGGUGAUCGGUGGCCCAAGAGAUGUAAACAUGCAGCCCAACCUGGAGGAUGUAGAAGGCAUGCUGUUUGUGUCCUUCACCUCCAAGGAGGCACUGGAGUUCCACCUUGGGGACCAGCCACUCAACAGAGAAGUGCUGCCACCACAACCUCAAAAAACGCCAGAACCUCCGCCGAAAGACGAUGUUCCAGAAACUGAGGAGGAGAAGAUUGCUCGGCUGGAGAUCGCACUCCUGCAGGAUCUAAAGCGCAUCAGACACAGACAGGUCAUUCACCCAGUCCUCCAGGAAGUUGGGCUGAAGUUGAACCUGCUGGACCCGACCCUCGCAAUUGAUCUGAGGUAUUUGGGAGUGUGUUUACCUCUGCCCCCGCCUUUUCUCUGUACUGGUGAUGAAGGGACCUCUUCUGGCUGGAUGUCAUCUCCAGAUGGAGCAGUUGCCUUUAUCUCUAGGACUGGGAAAACGACUGACUUUACGAAGAUUAAAGGUUGGAGGGACAAGUUUAACAUCAACCCAGACAUCUCAUCUGCCAAACAAGAAGGCAAUGCAAGCUUGGAUGGAGUGCUAAAGAAUCGCUCAGCCUUCUGCAGUGACAUGUUGGACGCAUACCUGGCGAAUGAAGGCAAGCUGAUUGACGAGCGGGCUGCCAGCUUUACCCAGAGCACCAUCUCUCCCGUGGUCUACCAGCUGCCCACCAAGAGCACCAGCUAUGUGCGAACCCUGGACAGCGUGCUGAAGAAGCAGACCCUGUCACCCACCUUCCCCAGCUCCCCCUUCAAACCCUUCUCGCCUUUGAAAAAACACACUGUGCCGCCCCGUCCCAAAGCAUUGGCCAGACCCAAGCUGACUCCCAGCAAGUUGAAGCCUACCCCUGCACACGUGGCAGUCACAUUGGCCUCUCCUGUCCUCACAAACUACUCGAGCCCAGCCUCCCAUGAUGGCAAGCCGGCUGCGAAGACCAAGGUAGUACUCAAGGCCCAGAAGGCCCCUGCAUCUGGGCCAGCAGCAGCACCAGAGGAUCUGCCUGACAAGCUGCACAUGAAGCAGGACCAGGCAGGCAGUGGUCGUGGCGUGGGGCUUUCCAAGAUGCUAGUGAAGCUGAUGGAUCUGGAGGAUGGGGCCCUGUGGGAAGGCAGAGCUCGUACCUGCAUCACCGAAGAGAGGGCUGAGAUUGCCUUAGCGUCACUCCUCACUGCUCAGGGUGCUUCAAAGACAAGCCCGUCGGUCACAAGGAUCAUGAAGCGCAGGGCACCUCCCUGUUUUAAUGACUUCUGCCGGCUGGGCUGUGUUUGUGCCAGCCUGGCCCUGGAGUGCCGGCAGCCCACGCACUGUGGCAAGACUGAGUGCAUGUUCGGCUGCACUUGCCUCAAGCGCAAGGUGGUCCUGCUCAAGGCUCCACCCAAGAAGAAGAAGCAAGAGCAAGAGGACCUCAUCUUCUAUGGAGCGCUGGGAGAGGAUGCUCCUCCAAAGAAGAAAAAGAAGAGGAGGAGGAUGAUGGCAUACACCAUAUCCCAGCCAGAGCCGCAUUCAGAACCAGCGACCCGCGUACGGACUCUGUGGAAUGGAAAGGAUGAGGCCGACCCUGAGCCCCUGUACAUCCCAGAACCGGUACUCUUUCCAUCUUCAGCAGCACCUGUCCUCCGCCAAGACCCCUCUGGCUGCAACCAGCACCCUCCCAGACCAAAAGUGGAGGAUGAUAGGAAGGACCCGGUGUACCUGUUCUUCGAGAGCAAGAUGACGUGCGCCCGUGUGCGUGCUUACAAGAGCAAAACCCCAUCCCGGCAGAACCUCUGCCCAUGCAAGUCUGUCCUCUGCAGUGGCAGGGAAGAUGACCCUUGCCAUAACUUCUUUGAGUCAGCCCCGGGUAAGCAGGGCGUGCUGUCCAUGCAGAGCACCCUCAAGACACAGCCCUCCAAGCGGCUGGAAAUUGUGUCUGAAUGCAAGUGGGGAAGGAGGUCAGACAGGAACAAUGUCCUGCGUGUGGUGUGCGAGCAUAUGGCCCAGAACUGCCUGUCCAGCCCCUUUCGGGUCGGGCCCUACCACGUCCGGCCGCUCUCCCAGAAAGCCAGGAACGAGGACCAGGGCCAGUCCGUCACCUACAAGGUGUGCAUAUCCCAGGCUCCACUCGCUGAGGGAGAAGCAGUGGAGAAGGAGGAGGUGGGCAGCUGGAGUGUGAAUGAAGACCAACCCAAAGUGUACAAGGUGGGAGAGUUGGAGCCACCCAGGAGGAAGGUCCUGCCUUUCCUCACAGGUGUGUCCCCAGCUGGCAUCCUCACCGCAUGCAAGAAACAGUGCGGUGUCCCGGCCCAGGGCCUGAUCAAGGUUAAUGGCAGAUCCUACCCACAAGCCAAGCUGCAGCUUGGCCAGAUGGGGGCCCUGCACCCUGCCAAUAGGCUGGCUGCUUAUAUCACUGGUAGACUGCAGCCCAUCGGUCAGGAGGUGUCUGCUGCUUCGACCAUCUCCAAACGACCGUCCUUGGAUGCUACCACGGUUACUGUCUCCACAAUACAGCCACCUCACUGGACAGCUGUACCCAUGACCACCAGCAUUACCACAGUGACCUCUGUGUCCAGUGGCUCUACCAUAGUCAUCAAACCACUGGUGACCAAGCCCCCAGGGGGAAAGGUCUUCACCCAGUUUGUGGUCAACAAGAUCAGCUCUCUGCCCAGCAUUAGCAGCCCCCUGUUGGGAGGCAGUGCUCAGAAACUCGCCUUGUCCACCCCGCUAGUAGUGCUUGGCCCCUGCUCUCCUCCUCGCAGUUAUGGGACAGAGCAGGGAGCAGGGGGUGGGGCUUCCAUCUCCACCAUGGUACCCCCAACUGAGCCAGCUCGGGGGAGUGGUUAUGUCCCUGUGACCGCCCACUCUUGUAGCAGUAAGACCCUCCCCACUUUGGGCUCUGCCUCCUGCACAGGUACUCCCAGUCCCGCCACCUUUGUAAAAGUGCCAGUAGCUAUGCCCCCGGCCUCCCCCAUCACCGUCCUGUCUAUCUCGCCCAGUCUUCGACAGGAGGGGAGCUCAGACCCCAAAACUACAGUGUCACCCUCUGCUGGUAGCAUGGGUCCCGGGCCCCGCAUGCUCUUGAUUCCUGUGUCGCCGUCUGCCUCGGGGAUGCGAGGCCCAGUCCCAGCGACACGCCCCUCCACCCCAGGGGUCCACCUCACUGCGCCUCCCUUCCUGCCCCUUGCCCCGGGCCAAAGGAUGGUCCUGCAGCCUGUACGGAGCUCGUCGGGCACCACCCUGUACCGCCACCCCAAUGGCCAUCUCAUCCAGCUCGUGCCCCUCAGCCAGCUGCGUGCUGUCCAGCCUGGCAUGGUCAUCCGCAGCCCGGCCUCUAUGAUUCGCUUCCCUACACCUUCAGCCUCUGCCUCAAGCUCUGCACCCUCCCUGAAGUCCCCUGUCAGCAGCACUGCCACCGUCACAGGGACCACAGCUUCUGUCCAAGUCACCUCUACUGCUGCUAUGGCUGGUCGGAGUGCUUCCCCAAGUGGCAUCUCUACUGCAGCCACCCUGGUCACUUCUCACGCCUCUGCGCCAAAGCUCACCUCCCUUACUCUGAACAGCUUGUCACCCUCCCUCAAAACACUCCCAGGCUUCCUGGGUCAAACGGGGACCUACACAGUCAGAAUCUCCCCUUCCGCUGGCUCCAAGGAAACUAAGCUCAUCUCCGUGCACCCCACUGGGUCGCCCCAAGGCUCUGCCGAAGUUCUCUCUGUCCCGGGCACCUUCACGCUGCUCCAGCUCCCGAAAUCCCACGUUGCUCUGCAGCCUGCCCCUCCUACAGCUGUGGCCGGCACUUCCACCCCAGGGAAGGGCGACUCUGCUACAGCCUCACUUACAAGGGCGGGAGAGACCCCCCAGGGAUUCCAGGGUCUGGAGGUGUCCCAGGAAGUGACCCCAGCUGGGCUGGUAUGUGCUGAUCACUCCUACACUAGUGGCCGAAGUCCUCCAGAGGGGCUGCAGGAUGGUGUGAUCGGGUCAGCCCCCCUGCAGGAAAGGCUAACAGUGUCUCCAAAUCAGGCCAGUCUCCAGAAAAUCACACCUCUUGCCACUGCUCAUGCCAGUGCAACACAUAGCAGUAGUUCAAAACCCCCACCAAAAACUCCACCCAGAGGUGCUGAGGUGACAGCCCCAUCAAUACAUGGUUCUCACAUGGUUUCUGAGGAACAGUGUAAUUCUGGGCUGCUCAGUGGAGUCAGGGCUGCCACCAAAGCCAAGGAGACGACUCGGAACGGACCCCCCUGUGGGAUGUCGGAGAAGAGACGUCCCUUGGAGGAGGGGGAGGUAGAGGCAGAGGUGGAGGUGGACCUGGAUGUGGUUGGGGUGUCAGAGGACAUGACGGAGGACUCUGAGGAGGAGUCUGAGGACAACAGCGAGGACGAUGCCAUCAGUGUUGUCAGUGAGUCUGAGGACAGUGAGGAGGGGGAGGCGGUGGACAUCGAAACGGUGGAAGAACUGACGGAGAAGAUCAACAUUGCUCGCAUGAAGGCAGCCGCCAUGCAGAGGAGGCUGAACAAAGUACGGAGUGUGCAGGAUUCAAAGAGAGCUGAACUGAAAGUCAGACAGAAGAAGCAGGAGGAUGAGGAGGGAGUGAGUGAAGUGGUGGUCCGCAUGCAGCACAACGUGAUGGAACGGCGGCGGCGGGGCGAGCUCAGGCACCUCUUUGACAAGCUGAGGCAGGCCCUGGGCCUCCAGAAUAUGCCCAAAGUCUCCAAAGUCUACAUCCUCAACCAGGCCAUCAGUGAGAUCCAGGCCAUGGUAGAUCAGUGCGACCGCCUGGAGGAGAAGAAGAGGAUGCUGAGCCGGCAGCAGGCGGCUUACAUCAGGAAGAUCUCACAGACAUCGGGAAAGAGUGAGGACCUCAUCAUCAGGAAACUUCAGGACAUCUGCGCCAAACAGAAGAGUCUGGAGGUACAAAGGAAACGCAAGAGCAGCAAACAGACCAUGCCUCAGGCUCCCCAAGAGCCUGCCACACCCGAGGGGCGCCUGGCUGCACCCUGUUCCCCGGGGCGCAGACCCAAUAUCCUGUCCCGCAGGAAGCCCCCUGCACCUUCAGCCACAGCUUUGCCUGGGACGCUGCUGUCUUUGGUGAGCAGUGGGACCCUCGUCAGUGGCCUUGGUGUGGGUGUGGCAAACCAGCAGGUCUUAACUAUUAAAGGUGCCCUGCAGCCUGUCAGCACUUUCCUACAGCCCAGCAAGACCCCAGAUAUGGGGGGUCGUCUCUCAGCCAUCCCUGGCGUGGCUUCAGUGACCAUUAAUGUCCCAGGAAUAUCAUUCCCAAUCAGGGUCAAGAGCCCUGCUGCAGAAGUUUCUCCUGCAGGACCUGGCCAGGUCAUCAGUUCUGCAGUAAAAACAAGCCCAACAGCAAGGAAAACCUGUACUUUGCCCAAGAUAGUCAGUGUCAAGUCACUGGUGCCCUUUCCACAAAAAGUAGAGAAGAAGGUGGCCCAACCCCCAGCUUCCAUGCAGAACAGUGGCAACACAGAGGAUCAUGGCACUACUUCCUUGGAGGACGGGGAGGUGCUGGAGGAUCAGGUGACCUGUGGCAGACAGGAGGAGCCAGGGCAGGGCUCUGCCAGCAACCUGGAAGAGGAAACGCUGAUGUCUUUGCUCAGUGAGAUCGCCUUUCUUAACCAGCAAACAAACAGUGAGGAUUCAAGGCCACAGGGGGCUACCCACGGCCACUGCAGCCCACAGGAGGCCAGGAACAGACUGACAGAGACGGGGGAGGAGGAGACGGCAGCGCCCAAGUGGGCUGGGCGGGUGGGGGACCUGGAGGGGGAUGACGAGCGCUCCCUCAGCCCCCUGUUCCUGCAGCUGGAUGAGGAUCUGCAGAGGUCCAAGGACACCUGCCCUGAAGAGGUCAAAGUACAGGCGGAGGGAGAACAGUGUGUCAAAAUAGUGCUGGAGCAAGGCAAGCAGUUGCAGCAAGGUCCUGACCCCACCAGUGCUGCUGUAGCCAAUAGCUUUGGGCGGCAGAGCCCAACCAGCUCCAUCAAAGGUGGAGCUCUGACUCCGCCCCCACUACUGCAGAUGAAAGUAGGAAGUGCUGCUAUGGCGAUGGACUCCAAAGCUAAGAGAGGUGAGAAGGGUUGUGAGGUCUCCUGGAGACCCAUGCCCAGGCUUGCCCCACUGGGCCUGAAGACAAGUGUUUCAGCUCAGGACAGUGCAAUGUCCAGCACUAAAGCCCCUCCAGAUGCUCUGAGUCAGAUAAAGGACAGCAUGCAGGCUGCCUCAUAGCCCUCAUCCCCAUACCUCACACUACAGCAGCCAGGUGUGGGACAUGAAGAGCCCCUUCUCUGGGGACUUGUUGAUAUGUAUGUAUUUGCAGUCUUUCAGAAAGCACCACCUGGUGUGCCUAUCAGAAAUCCAAAGGAGUUUUUUUCCUGGUUUUCAGCAGUGGAAAAACAGGGAAGGCAUCCCUACCACUCACCACUGAUCUCAGAGUUCUUCCACUGUCAUUGGUUGCUUUUUUUUCCUCUUCCUCUUAAUUUUAAGGGGAAGUUCAAUAAAUAGAAUGUACCCCACAAGACAAGACAUUUUAAGGAUGUCAAAAAUGUAGAUCUUUUAUAGGGCAUGCUACAUGAAUGCAAGAAUGUAUGACCACAUAAAAACGCGGUUCUGUAUUAUUACACUAUAUUACUGUACUCUUGUGGGUAUUUUCAGUUCCAGAGAUUCAAUUCCCAUAUUGGGUGGGGCAAGUCUUUGGUUAGAGCAUUAUUAUUAUUUAAUAACAUAAUGGGCAGAGCUUUCAUGUUUCAAUAAUAAUUAUUUUUGGUUAGAGCAUUGGUAUUAUUUAGUAACAUAAUGGACAUAAUGGAGAUUUCAUUUGCUUUCAGUGACAUGACUAAUAUCACUGGAAUCAAUCAGUGGAGCUCUGUAGAGGUGAGCUUUUUGAUUGGUUCAUAUUGGUCUAUGAAUGACUCCAUAUAACAACUCAACGCAGUUUGGUGGUCACAAAGCCCCGCUUUUAUAAUGCUAGUCAUGAGAAAAUAUGAUGAUGCAAGGCUUGUUGUCAGUGCUGAGGCAGUAGUGCUUUUGGAAGGUCUUGUCGAGGGACAAAUUGCUUUUCCCCUGGUGCAGGCUGCCUGACUGCACAGACAGAACUGUUGUUUGGCAUUUAUUUAAAUUACCCUGAUGGUGACACCUGAGGUACUGCUGUGUCCUAGGGAUUGUCCGAUUCCUGGAACCAGGAGGGGUGGCUGAGCAGCUUUGUUUAAAUGAGCUACUAUUGCAAGGAUGACAUCUCAUCUCACACAUGCACAGACUUGUUUGCCUUAGUUUAAAUGUUACAAGUUGAGAUCCUGCUGUAGGAGCAAAACGCAAAGCACAGACCAACAACAGAACACAGUACCCCUGAUAGAGCAAAGAAUAAUUAAAAUCACAUUGGAUUUCAAAUGUAUUUUUUUUCCAUGAAAAAUAUUGUUAAUGUUAAAAACACACCCUUUACAGACAACCCAGCAGACCCAAUGUUUUGUCUUUGACUAAUAGAAAGUUAGCUUUCUGAGCUGACACCCACCAGCCUUGAAAAACACAUUCUAUGAAGGAGGAACAUUUCCUUUGGCUCUUCUCUGACUUCGGUAUGGUGCAGACAGUACUGAAUUCUGUAGCUUCAAGGUAAGGCUGUUUUGAUUUUGGGUGAUGUCGAGGUUACAUGUGAUCACCCUGUGUCCUUCAGCUGUGAACAUAGGGAAAGCAUCAGAGUCAUUAAAGAUUGAGAGGAGGUCUGGUUCAUUGUGCAGCCUGCUUUUGGAAUAUAGACUUAUGGUUUCAGAAGACCAAGCAUUACACUCCCAACAGUCAAUGAAUAUCUAAAUGUAUUUAUGCAGUAGCAACUGUUUUGUGCAAAGCAUGCCAUCAGCAGAGACCUACACUCACUGUGCUGUUGGCAAGGCAUUAGUGCAAUAUGGAGAGAAACUAGGAGGAUUUCAGCCGCAGGUCUGCACAGCCUACGAUUGCUGGACUUACCAGUAUAAGAAGAAAUUGAUUUGUUAGAGUUGAAGAAUCCACUUGGUUGUCAAAUUCAAGGUGCUGUACCUGAAGCAGAAUUGCAGGCUACCUGUAAAUGUGAAAUCAUUCUUAAUACUUUCUGACUGGAAUAUGUGCAAGGUGUUUUAACCACACAACUUACUCCAUGUAAUGCACCACUGCAGUGAACAUUUUUAUUUUGUGUUUUUUUUUUUCUUUUGUGGUCAUUUGAGGCCAGAACAUCUCUCUAGUGUGCCUGUUGACAUACCCAUCGCACCUUUUCUCCAUGUCUGAAACGGGUCUGGCUGGGAUGGUGUCUUUUCAAAUGAAAGUGGAUUACAGUGGCAAAAGCAGUCCUUAAACCCUGAGUGAAAUUAAAGUACUAUCCUCUUUUUGAGUACAUCAUUUUUAUGGAGAACACUUGCAGUAGGCUAACAAACUUUUUUUUUCCUGAUUUAUGUAUUUUUGUUUUUUUAUGCUCUUUUCCAUUGGCCUGUAAAACAGAACUACCCCCCUCUGUGCUUAAUGCACUAAUCAGAGUACUGUUUUACUACAUUAUGUAAAGUACAAGAUUUCAGAUGCACAUUUUAGUAUAGUUCUUUUAGUCUCUAUCCUGUGUGAUUGGUCUGAAUUUCCAAGCAUUUGUAUUUGUAUGUUAUGUUUAGUGUUACCACUGGAAUUGCAAGUAAAUAUGUACAGUUGAUAUGUAAAGAAAUGCGUGUAUGUAAAGAAUACGUAAUUAAACAUAAGUAAGGUCUAAUACAUGUAUGCUGAAAGGACUAGCAUGAUGUAAUCACAGAAUGGAAAGCCAUCUCUUUUGUGUCAUAGUCAAGCAAAUACAUAAUUUAUCAUUGAGUGUAAGUAAUCUUUUGUUGAAGACCAAUGUAAAUGUGUAGCUUGUCAAAAAUGGGGAAAAAACUACUGAAAAUGAGGCAGUUUUCUUUCUGCCAAUUUUUGUAAAGAAAUUCACAAUAUUUUUAUAAAAUGUCAAUCACUCAGAUGCCAUUAUCUUCAGACUGUUGGUGAAAGAGACUGUGGCCUUCAAAUAAAACUAUA